AGCGGAGAUGAGCAGCGCACAAACAAAGGUGUCGUUCGGCUUCACAUCAUGGCAGCAGGUGCGAUCAUCCACCUGUAAAAACAAUCACAAGACAAUCACUCUAUCGACUCUCCGCUUCCUGCCUCCUGUCCUUUGUGCCUGCCUUUAAUUCUGUGCAUGCAAUGCAGGGUGCCCUGGUGGCGAGCAAGAAGUUCUACCCGCCGAAUGCCAAGACGGGCGUCGACCAGCUGACCUUCUAUGCGAAUCAAUACCCCUGUGUGGAAGUGGACUCAUCGCACUAUGCCAUGCCCACAGGUCAGGCAGGCCGCACACAAGAGCUUAGCUGGAUGAAUGCCAUCCAUUCCGAUGCGUGCAUUCAUUCACUCAUGAAUGACUGGCUGCAGAGCGCCGCACCAAGGAGUGGGCGGCCGCUGUCCCCAAGGGCUUUCUAUUCCACGUAAAAGUAUUCGGCCUUUUUGCUAAGAUGAAAGUGCCCGUCGGCGCCAUACCCAGAGAGGUCUGUUGAGCGAGCCACUGGCCAGACAGACGUGACAUCACUAUUUCUCACUGUGUGUCAGUGCCGUGAGGGUCUGCCGGUGGCCGAAACGUCGGCCGCUGAGUCGAGCAAGGGCGAGGCGCAGCUCAGCUAUGAAGAUCUCGAUGACGACACGCGCGACAAGCUGUGGAGCCGAUACGUCGAGGGAAUGCGGCCGCUGGCCGACGCCAAGAAACUCGGAUGCGUACUGUUCCAGUUCCAGCUGAAUUUUGCGCCGACUGACGGCAAUCGUGCUUACCUGGAGGAGUGUGUUGACCGACUGUCUGCCCUCAAGACCACCCUUGUGUGCGAGUGAGUGAGCAACACGAUGACAGACAGACAGAGGAAAGGCGACAGAGAGAGAAUUGUCCGUUACUUACUGUUGUGCCCAUCAAUCAGGUUUCGGCAUAAGGCGUGGAGCGAACAGCAGGUGAGGAACAGACAAGGAAGGACGCAGACAGACAUGCACAGACAUUCCGAGUCACGAUCGAUCGUGUGUGUCGGGUGGGGGCAGAAUUUGUCCUUCCUCUUGAAGAAUGGCAUCGGCCUGGUGCUCACAGACGAUGACUCGACAUCCACGCAAAACGUAACUACCGUACGUCAAUAUGCUAUGUACUGAGAGAAUCAAUCAAUGUGUACAUGAUAAUAUGAUUCCUGUCUGCCUGCCUGUACCUGUACCUGCCUGUGUCGAUGGUGGGUGGGUGCUGCGGUGUCCGGCUCCAUUAAUGCCUGCAGGUGAACUUUCGGGAUGUGCUAUCGACCACCAAGGACAGCUCCAUCAUUUACUUCAGGUGGGCUGCGCAUCCCAUCCAUCUAUACAAAAGCGACCACAUCCGAUCGGGCACUCUGUUCUGUCUGUUUUUCUGUCUGUCGAUGCAGGUUGCACCGCCGGUAUGGCGACUACCGUCUGCUGGACGACAGGGAGAUCGGUGUGUGGCGCGACCUGCUCAAGGAGGCUUGCCAAAAGCCGACACGAAAAGUAGGUGAUCGAUCGGAUCGAUCCAUCAAUCAUAUAUGCAUACAUACAUACCGGCCUUUGGUUGGAUGCUCCACGCCACACCUGUGCCUGCUAUGCGAUGCCUGAAAUGUAUGCGAUUUUAUAUAUUAGGUUUUCGUCCUUGUCGGCACGUAAGCAACACGAUGCACCGCACCUUGCUGUCUGUUGUUGUCAUACUCACUCUCUGCCAUCCCUCCUGCAGUGACGCUGAGGACCACACUCUCCUCAACACGCGGCGGCUGGAGCAGGCCAUCGCGCCCGACGGACUAGCGGACGACUGGCGGGAGCAGCGCAAGCAGGCCAACCCCCUCCUGCGGAUGCUCAGGAAUGCCGCCGCAGCCAAGGCAGCCAAACAAGAACAGACAUCUGACGGACCUACUGCCGAGAGUGCUGCCGCCUCUGCUGGUGCUGGUGCUGCUGAUGCUGGUGCUGGCGGAUCACCAGGCGUCAAGCGAGAGCUUGAGGAGACCGACGAGGGGAGAGAGGGGGAGGCAGAGGGGGCUGGUGGUGAUAGUGAGAAGAAUGAGACAGCAGAGAGGCCAAAGAAGCAGGCCAAGACAGCGAGUGUUAGCGGUGGGAAAGGUAGGAAGGGCGGGAAGGAAAAGGGAAAGGGCAAGGAUGCCAAAGGCAAAGGUCAGCCAGACAUCCGGGGCUUCUUUCUCAAGGGUGUCAACAAAGAAACACAGUGACUGCCCGAC